AUGACCCUUUUUAAGUACAUUUUAGGUACCCUUUUAGGUACAUUAUGCAGGGACACCCUCCGGUUCCGAUACGCUCCAAAGGCUUCCCUUUUCCCCCUCCGGAGUCGGUCUGGUCGCGGGAAAAGAGAACGUGGAAAACCGGAACGCAUCACACUCCGGUGGAAUCAUCGCCGGUGUAAAAUAUCACCUAGUUCUCGACGAGUACGGCGCGAGUUUCGCUCUCAGACGCCGACGCCGACGUCGUUUCGAAAAUUCGCUUAGCUUAUUUGCUAAGUUUAUUAAAUUGUGUGAAAAAAUUGGACAAUUUGAGUUUGAAUUUGAUUUAUUUUUGUGUUUUUUGGGGUACUUUGAAAUUAAAAAUUGUGCAUAGUUUCGUUGAGUUUGGUGACGGUGUAUUUAGUGUAUUGGACGUUUUUGGUUUGAUUAAAGCAAAUAAUACCAUCAUGCCCAUACGUAGGACUAUAAAUUCACUCGCCAAAAUCCAUUAAAAGGAUGCUGAAAACGUUGUUGAAAAACUUCUUAAGGACAUUUAGCGGACAUUUCGUGAAGAUAAAAUUUAAAAUCGACCGAUCGCCUAACAUUUUAGUGUUCGUUUUGUUAUUUUCCUUAUAUUCUACCGUCGUGAAAUGCAAUCGACCCCCGAGAUUUAUCACCGACGGUCAAACAGAAUUUAUUUUGAGACUGAAAGAGGGCGAAGGAACACCAGUGGGUUCAUUAAUAUUCCAAUUAAGUGGAUACGACGAUGAUGGGGACUUUUUGAAAUUCGGAGUGAGUCGAUUUCCGGGAAGCGACAUCAUUCGUAUCGAAAGUACUUCCCCAUCGGAAGCGAAUAUUUAUUUGAACAGAGAACUCGACAGAGAGGCUCAAGAUGAAUAUUCCCUGGUUUUAACGCUAACAGACGGCCACCUGGGUUACGGGAAUUACAUCACCCAAGGUCUCCUGAUACUGGUGGAAGAUAUCAAUGAUAAUGUGCCUACUUUUAAAAGUUACCCUCCGAGUAUAACCGUACCGGAAGAUUUGAAACCGGGUACUAUAACUACCCUAGAAGCUACGGAUGCAGAUGAAGGAGCGUACGGACAGGUCAUUUACUCCUUGCAAAAUGUAGAUGAUGAAGAUGAGUAUCUCUUUAGCGUAAAUACAGUAGGAGAAAAAGCUGUGCUUAGGUUAAGAGGAUCUUUGGAUUACGAGAAGCAAACGGUUCACCAAGUGAAGAUAUUGGCCAUAGACCGAGCGAAAGAAGGUAGAGUCAACACGGGCACAGCUGCUUUGUUGAUAAAAGUCGCGGAUGUAGAAGACCAACCACCGGAAUUCGUUCGAAUGUCCCCGUUUGCCAAAAUCGAAGAAAACUCCCCGAUCGGUUCAUCGGUUCUAAGAGUAGUCGCCGUCGAUGGAGAUCGAGGCAUCAACAAUCCCAUUGAAUAUUCAAUCACUUCCAACGGUUUGAGUCGAAUAACAGAUGUAUUCUCCAUCGAAAGGGAUACCGGCGUGGUGUUCACCACGGGCGCUGUCGAUAGAGAGUCUCUCACCACCGGAUCCGGUAGCUAUAUACUCCAAAUCACGGCUAAAGAAGUAAACAGUAAGAUCAUUCCCGCUCCCACAACCACUACAGAAGUCACCGUUGUGGUUACCGAUGUGAAUGAUGAGAUACCGACGUUCAAACACAACCAUUACGAAUGCGAGAUUUUAGAAAACUCGCCCAUAAACACACCAGUGGUGUUUCUAAAUAACGCUUUACCAGAAGUGUUCGAUUACGAUCAAGGAAUAAACGGAACGUUCCAUCUGUACAUCAAAGGCGGAGGAGACUCAUUCGAUAUAACGCCCAGCAAAGCGGUAAACGAGGCCACUUUCAUGAUCAGAGUAAAGAACAGCUCCAGCAUUGAUUACGAAAGAACCAAAAAAUUCAAUCUCACUAUCGUUGCCAAAGAGAUAGUGAAGCAACAGCCGAAGUUCAGCGAGGCUUCGGUGACCGUCAGCGUCUUGGAUCGAAACGACAAUUUUCCGGAGUUUUCCAAAAGCAUCUACGAAGUGGCUGUGCAGGAGAAUUGCGACGUGGGCACUACAGUGGCGUGGAUUCAAGCAUUCGAUGAUGAUUCCGGUAAAUACGGCACCAGAGGAAUUAGAUACAUGAACUUGGCUGGUAGUAUUGAUUACAUGCUUACACUACACCCCACUUCCGGUAUUAUAACAGUAAAGAUAGCAGGAGGACCGAACUGGGAUAGAGAGCAAAUAUCCAGACAUUUCCUAACUGUAGAAGCAAGGGAUGAUUUAGGCUUCGGAAACCGAAACUCUGUUCAAUUAGUUAUAAACAUACAAGACGUCAACGACAAUGCACCAACUUUCACUCAAUCCAAAUACGAAGUUAGACUGUUGGAAAACAAAAUGGAGUUCGAACAACCAUUGAAAAUCGAAGCCAGAGACGCCGACCUAAACGGUACAAAAAAUAGCGAAAUCGAAUACGAACUGGUAGGUGACCUGUCAGCGAACUUCACUAUGGACCCUUUAACAGGAUCACUCAAAGUAAAAUACCCAAUAGAUUUCGAAAGCCUUCUGGAUUUAACAGCCGGCAGCACCAGCACCGUGCUUCUAACCAUCAGGGCCAGAGAUUGGGGAACCCCCAGUCUUUUCAACGACGCUCCUUUACUCAUCUACGUGGAAGACGUAAACGACAAUCCCCCGAUGUUCGAGUUCGAUUUCUACAACCAAUCUAUUGCAGAGAAUUUGCCCAGUGGAACGUCCAUACUCAAGGUGAUAGCUGAAGACGGCGAUGGUUCUUCGCCGAACAACCAAAUAGUCUAUCGUAUCCAAAACGGAGCGGGAGAUAAAUUCACUAUAGACUCCGAGACUGGUGUUAUUAGAGUUGCAAGAGGUGCCUCAUUAGACCCGGAUCUAAUUCAACCGAGGAAGAUGCAUUACGCUCUUAAAGUACUGGCAAUAGACGGCGCUGCUGGAGAUAAUCAGCUGCAAGCUUCUGUUGAAGUUAAUAUUAACAUAAUCGAUGUUAAUAAUAAAUUUCCGGUGUUCAAUGAGUUGAAUCCUGUCAGUAUAUUUGAGAAUUCUCCGGUUGGUAGAAUAAUUGCUAACUUAACGGCUCGGGAUCCGGAUUUAACAGCAAAAUUGGUAUAUAAAAUCGACGAUUCGGCUUGUGAAGCUAGAAACGAAAGGGGAAUUUUAUUGAAACAGCAAGAAUACGACUGUUCUGGCUCCUUUCACUUGGAACCCCUUUCUGGAACAUUAUCCAUAGCUAAGUUAUUAGACAGAGAAUUGGUUGAAAAUUUCCAACUGGGCGUUACUGUCGAAGAUAUCAACUCGGAAACUGGCCCUCAAAAAACCUUUGGAACAAUCUCGAUUAACAUUGAAGAUGUGAAUGAUAAUAGCCCGAAAUUUCGAAAAGCCUUUUACAAAUUUAGUGUUACCGAGAAUAGUAAGCAUGGCGUGACUAUAGGAAGCAUAACAGCCGAUGAUUUGGAUAAAAAUAAAACGAUUACUUAUUAUUUAGAAGGUCCGAUUGAAUUAACAAAUUUGCUGUACCUAAAUCCCGAUGAUGGCGACCUUAUAGUCGCUAAUAAAAUCGACCAUGAGUUGCACAAAUGGAUAAAUCUCACUGUAAAAGCUGUCGAUAAUGGAUAUCCACCGCGGUCUAGCCGAACUGAAAUUUUCGUCCAAAUCUUGGACGAGAACGACAACAAUCCGACUUUUUUACCGGACCCAAGUGCUCUAGUAAUACCGGAAGAUAUUCACGUGGGUACGGAAAUCGCCAAAGUAAACGCCGUAGAUGCGGAUUCAGGAGAAUAUGGAAAAAUCACCUAUUUAUUGGAUAGACUUUCUUCUCAAGGCAAAUUCACUCUUGAUGGUAACACAGGAAUAUUAAAAAUAGCGGAUAAACUGGACAGAGAAGAAAAAGCGAAUUUUUUGCUAAUUAUAGAAGGCUGGGAUAAUUACCAGUACGGCUUCAACAACGGGGAGAGUCGAAAUGCUUUCAAGCAUAUCAACAUCACUAUCAAAGAUGUCAACGACAAUACACCGGAAUUACACGUACCACCGUACUGUAUAAAUAUAACAGAAUUUCACGAACCAGGACAACCUGUAACAACCAUUCAUGCUUCAGAUGCAGAUGAUCCAGAUACCUCAAACGGACAAGUAAUAAUCGACAUAGCAGAUGGCAAUAAUGAAGACUUGUUCGAACUGCAGCCUGUAAACGAAUGGUCCGUACACAUCAGAACUACCAGUUCCUUACGAGGAAGGCAUGGAAAUUACACUCUAGUCAUGAGGGCUCAGGAUUUAGGAACGCCUAGUCUUCUAGCUGAAGAAGAAGUAAUGAUUUGCGUGUCUGAUUACAACGAUCAUCCACCGGUUUUUAUUAGCCCACCGCCUAACUCCACACUCAAAGUACCCGAGAAUGCAACUGUAGGUAGUGCUCUAAUUCAAAUCAUAGCUAGUGAUGAAGACGUAAGCUCCAAUGGAGCAGUAAGGUACAGAUUGAAAGCGGAUCCUGCUGGUCAUUGGAAGUUCUUCGAAUUGCAACCGAUUUCAGGCAUAUUGGAACUUCGCUUACCUCUGGAUAGAAAAAAGCAGAAAAUUUACGACAUACGAAUAGAGGCUUACGAUUUGGGGAUACCCACGUCUCUUAGCUCAGAACUGGAUUUAACUGUCUACGUGAGCGACAUGAAUAGUUACCAACCGCAAUUUAUGGUGGACGAAUUUUACGUGAACUUUACAGAAAACGCUUCCGCGAAAAAAGAAAUCAAGAAAUUACCGGACACAAUAGAUAGAGAUGAGUUCGAAUACGAUGGUCCGACAGGCCCAGUUUGCUACUACAUCAUUGGAGGAAACGAGAAUAAUUUAUUCUACAUCAAUUCCAUUGAUCAUACUCUAAUGACAACGACUCCUUUGGAUCGCGAGAAACAAGACACCCACCUUCUGUUGGUCAAAGCUUCAGAGGAUUGCAAUCGCAGUCCGAAAAGCCAAAGCUUCUUCGACUCUGACGAUGACACCCAACUCAAAGUCGUGGUGAAAGUUUUGGAUGUCAACGAUAACCCGCCUAAAUUCCAACGAAGAGUGUUUACCGGAGGCGUAAGCACCGCCACCAGUUUUGGCACGAAAUUCAUGCAAGUACAAGCUGAGGAUGCAGACGAAGGUCGAAACGCUGUAAUGAAUUAUUACCUGAUUGGAAAAACGCAAAUGACUCUCACAGAAGGACUGGACAAUUUGGAAAGGACGCCGUUUUUGGUUGAAAGAGAAACUGGAGCGGUUCAAUUGAAUUUCGAUCCACAACGAGGAAUGAAAGGAUAUUUCGAUUUUAUGGUAAUGGUAAAUGAUACUGGCGGUCUAAUGGACACAGCAAGAGUCUUCAUAUACCUGCUAAGAGAAGACCAAAGAGUACGUUUCGUGCUUCGACAACAUCCUCAGGAAAUAAGAAAUCGAAUAGAAAUUUUCAGAGAGGUACUGGGAAAUGUAACUGGAGCGAUAGUAAACGUCGACGAAUUCCGCGUUCACGCCAAUCACGACGGUAGCAUAGACAAAACCAGAACUGAUCUCUACCUGCAUCUAGUCAACAGAGCUGACAAUUCCAUCUUGGAGGUCGACGAAGUGCUGAAACUGAUCGAUCAGAAUACGGAGAAAUUAGACCAACUUUUCAAAGAAUUCAACGUGUUAGAUACGCAACCAGGCGGAACUUUAGCUCUAAAAUCUCAACUCCAAAAUGCAAACACCACAUUCUGGUUAUCGGUUUCCUGCCUCUUUUUGGUGUUAUUGCUGAUGUUGUGCUUGGCUUUGUGCGUUAAUCAGAGACAGACGUACCAAAGGAAAUUGAAAGCUGCUACUGCCACAGCUUACACAUGCGCAGACUCCGAUUUGGACAGCCGGGGAUUGGGAUUCCUCAGUGGCCGUGUACCCAAUACCAACAAGCACAGCUUAGAAGGUAGCAAUCCGAUGUGGUUGAAAGCUUACGAAAACGAAUGGUUCAAAAACGUGGACGAUAUAAGUCAAUCAGAACACGAUUCAUUAGAUGAGAAUGUCAUCUCCUACGAAGACUCCUUACCUACGACUGAUCAAACGCCCGAAACGCAAGAUCGCCAUCAGAAUGUGUACCAAACGUUACCAGUACCUGCAGCUAGGAAAUUAGAGACCACAGAGUUAUGAUUUAAGGUGAAAGUUGAUAACUUUCUUAAGGGAAAUAGAGUGCAUCCCUUGAGCCCGUUGUCUGAUAUAUCCGAAGAAUCGAUUUGAACUUGAAUUAGAGCAUUUAGGUUAUACUCAUCGGUACUUGGAGGAUCAAUAUUUUCUCCGGGGAUUUCCCUUAUCUUCUCCCUCGUUUGGUGUAUAAUGUAGCGCCAUAUACAACAAGGGACUAUAAGCAAUUACAUCUUGUUACGAAGUCUUCACAGGGACUUGAGAGAAGGAUUUGUAAAGCUGUUUUUAUAUGUAUAAAUGCUGCAUAUCUUCUACAUACAUAUAUUUUAUUUUAACGAGGAACGCAACUAAUUUAUUUAUCUCAUUUACGUAAGGACAACGAUUUUAUACUUUUGUAUUUUUUCACUGUGAAUAUGUG